UCUCGAUGGCACGUAUAUAAAUGUAAUGGUAAGCAAUGCUGACAAGCCGAGGUACCGAACCAGAAAAGGUCAGAUUUCUACAAACACACUCGCCGUUUGUGACCGAAAUAUGAAAUUCGUAUACGUGUUGCUUGGUUGGGAAGGAUCGGCGGUGGACUCGCGAAUUUUGCGUGAUGCACUCACACUUGUGAAUGGCUUGAGGGUGCCCAAAGGCAAUUACUACCUUGUCGACAAUGGGUACGCAAACAGUGAAGGGUUUUUGGCUCCAUAUAAAGGGACUCGUUAUCAUUUGAAGGAAUGGGGGCCCAAUGCUGCUAGACCACAGAAUCAAAUGGAGCUGUUCAAUCUACGCCAUUCCAAGGCACGAAACGUGAUCGAACGUGCCUUCGGGGUAUUGAAAAUGCGCUGGGGUAUUUUGAGGAGCAACUCUUUCUACCCGGUGAAGACUCAAAACCGUCUAAUCAUGGCGUGCUUCAUUUUGAACAAUUACAUUCGAACUGAGAUGCCGAACGAUCCUAUCGAGCAAGAAUUUGACAUAGUAAACAUGGAGGCCGAAGAUGAUGGUGAAGGGGACCGUGAGUUCAUAGAUGCAGUAGAGUCUUCACCCUAAUGGAAUGCAUUGAGAGAUGCACUAGCAGGGGAUAUGUGGCAAACCUAUUUACACAACAAUUGAG